GCAGCCAACCGGAACCCUGAGCACCAGCGGUGGCCCCACCCGGUCCGGAUGGUGACCAAGUGGGUGGAUUAUUCCAACAAGUACGGCUUCGGCUACCUGCUGUCCGAUGGGUCGACGGGGGUGCUUCUGGCUGACGGGACCCACCUGGUUCUCUGCCCCUACCACCAGCGCGUCACUUACUGUGCAGAGGCCCCCCAGGUGGCCUCCUUCCCGCAGCGGGAGGUGCCGGCGUCCCUCAGCAUCAAGAUGGGCAUCCUUGAGUUCUUCACACAGUACAUGCAGCGGCGGCUGCUGGAGGGGGGCCUCCAGCCGACCAGCCCCGGGAGCUCUGGGGAGGAACUGACUCUCCGGCACUUCGCCAAAUCUGACGAGGCUCUCCUGAUGGUCUUUAGCGAUGGAAGCCUGCAGGUCAACUUCUACCACGACCGCACCAAAGUCGCCCUCAGCCGCUGGGGCGGAGAGACUCUCCUGACGUUUGUGGACGGCCAGUGCCAGAGUGCCACCUCCCCCCUGGAUGCCCUGGCGCGGGAAGGGUGGGCGCCCCCCCUGCGGGAUCGGAUGGUCUACACUCUGCACAUGCUCCACUGCCUGUAGAGACACUCUUCCCCUCCCUACAAGAAGACGCCCUCCACCACCCUAGAGGAUGCUGGGCAGACCCGAUCCUGCUUGUGCUCUGAGCGGCUGAAAGAGACGGUGCUGAACCCGGGAGGUUUGGGGCUUGAAAGUGGCUGUGUGUGUGUGUGUGUGUGUGUGUGCACGCGUGUGUGUAGGAGAGGGAGGGGAAAGGAAGGCGGCAGGUAGGCAGGUGAAGGAGGGGUGGGAACGGCUGGAUCGUCCCCACCUGAUCUUUUCUGGCUACCAAGAAGGAGGUGCGGAAGACCCGACACAGGGCAAAGGGAGGAAAAGGCAGGCAGGUGGAGGGUGUGGGCUGGCACUGGUGCAAAAGGUGUGCAAGGCAGAUGUUCCAGAAAGUAGUGAGAAAAGGCAGAAGAAAGGUGAAGCGGGCGGUGGGGGAGACAGACCAGAAUCCUUGCAAGGAGAGGUCCGGCCAGAGGGGGUCCCUGGGUGCUGGGCUC